AUGAUCAUUGUGACGCUGAGAUUGCCUCGAGCCAUCAACUUCCUGCACUCCGAGGCCGAGGGCUACACGGAGCUGGUCCUCGACCUGUUUGAGGCGGAGGGUGACCAGGUGAUUCUCGUUUUCACAUACCUACCCGACAGUUCCCGGAUUAGGAUUGGACAGUUCGGCAACACGUUCCUGCAAGUCGGUUAUAAAAAGGAAGUCGGCGAAGAAGGAGGAGUUAUUUACUCAUUCCAGCUGGAGAGUUCAGGCCGAACGGUGGAGGUGUGGGCGGGCCGUGUUCCAGACGACCUAAGGAUCUGCACGAAGGGCGGGUUGAUGCUUCAGACGCCCACUUUGGCGCCUACCUAUCAGGCCCUUAGCCUUUGUCCCGCGCCAGUCCCGGAACUGACCCUACAGGUCAUGGGUGUAGAGGAGCACGAGGGGCCAUACUUACGCGUAGGCCAGAUCUCGGGGCCAGGUGGAGUAGCCGUCCAGGUUGGAAGUGGGCGUCUGCGGCCACUUGACACGCCCCCUGCCCUUACAGUGACAGCCGACGUCGAGAAAGAGGUGCUGGAGGUCCUACUAGACUGGCAGAGUCCUUCUCUAGCCCAGCUGAAGGAGGAAUUUCUGUCUCGAGGGCGCGGCGUGUUGGCGGCGCUGGGUGGCCUUAGCAAGACGGGUGUGCAGGUUCAAGGAGCGCUUCGCCUUGAGAGUGUGUGGGCGGAUACCCAGGAGCUUCUCGCCGAGGCGCUCCAUCUCUCAGCCAGGGCGGCUUCCCACUUGUAAGAGAAACAGAGAGAG